UAUUAUUUUAUAUCUCUCAGCAAUCUUCUUUAAAAUCGAGGGAACUUCCCUACGUAAACGCACAAAACGACCUCGGAAACGUUAAAAACUCUCUCCUACAGAAAGCAAAAGAAAAAAAAGAAAGAGAGAAUUAAGAAACGAUGAAUUGUACGUGUUGUAGUAGGCAUGUGAUUGUGCCGAAACCAAUCCAGAAUAAAACCUUCGCGUCGCCGAUUGGUGUCCGGGUGAUUGUACCUCAUGGUACAACCGCCGCCGCUGCGAGGUCCACGAGUUCUAGGGUUUGUGCUAUUCGGGCUUCAGUGGUGGACUCGUACGAGAGCUCCUUCAAUUUCGCCAACCGCAUGGAGAAAGCCUGGUUAAUCUCUCAGCAACCAAGGCCUGUUGGUUGUUCUUCUUGCAACUCAAAUGGACAUGUUGAAUGCAAAUGGUGUGGGGGUACAGGAUUCUUUAUUCUUGGUGAUAACAUGCUCUGCCAAGUCCCCUCAAGAAACACCAGUUGUGUUAUUUGUGGUGGAGUGGGAUCAAUGUGUUGCUCUGAUUGUAAGGGAACAGGCUUUCGUGCCAAGUGGUUAGGAGAGCCUCCUAUUUCCAAGUAGCAGUAUUGCUUCUCAGUGGGUGAAAGGCUAGCUCCAUUCAUUUUCUGGUAUCUUCUCUCGUUGAUUGCAGCAUUGUGUUUUCCAAAUAUUGAUAUUUGUAGCCCAUUUUACUCCAUAAUACAAAUUACACCCUUCUUGUUACUUUGCCUAUUUCUCAAAGCAGUCAAGCCACCUAGUGUCAUCACAAACACAUCAGCCUGUAUCAUAUUCAUAUCAAUUCUUAAAAUAUUUAAGUAGAUUCUUUUUAUGAAAAAUUGACCAAUAUUACCAUUCUCAUUUCAUUUUUAAUUACUCUUCACAUUGCUAUCGGUGUAGUUUCUAUUGUUGUUGUAAUGUGGAUUGGGAUCUUCUGCAAUUUGGACAGAUGGAGCCCAUAUGGAUUUGAAUUCAUUAUGUUGCUAUUAACUUCUAGCAGCCUAGCACUACUGUCGAAACGUUUCAUCAACCACCAUCAACGCUGUCUAUCAAUGUUGUUGUUAUCAUGUUAUCGAGAUCACGAGUACAAUUUCCAUCCAUGAUUACAAGUCAUUGUCACUGCAUCGUUGUAAUUAUUAUAAUCUUUUAAUUUCUCAAAAAUUCAAAAUGCAAC